AUGGUGACUUCUAACCAGGCUCUGAAGGCAGUAGGCCUGUUCAUAGCAUAUCUACUAAAGUCCAUCACAGACCUGUUCCUCACCAAGCCUUUGUGGGCCAACCUGAAGGUUCUGGAGGAGACUGACCUCAAGACCACCGGAGGAAGUAAGGAGUCAUAGAAUAGAGUCCAGAACACUGAACGUUUUAUAUCCAAAUUAAUAGCUAGAAUAGUUAGUAAGCCAGAUCUGUUUGUUUAGAUUACAGAUCUACUGUUAGCAUUUGACCUUGUAUGAGGUCUCUUCAUAGAUUUGGAGAAGUAGGCUAUAUUUAACCCUUCUCUGUCUCUUUCAGUUUAUGAGACGUAUAAAGCCAAAGCUCUGUGGGAGAAGACUGGGGCAGUGAUCAUGGUGGUACGACGCCCUGGAUGCUUGUUGUGCAGAGAGGUGAGCGCUGUGGUUGUGGUGUCUCCUCUAGACUAGCUUGUCUAUUUUAUUCUUUCACACUCCUGACAGCAGACAGACUCGAGUGCUGAUGUUUCUCCAUGCCUCUUCUCUCUCUCUCGCUCUCUCGCUCUCUCUUUCUCUGUCUGUCUCUGUCGCUUUGUCUCUUUGUCUCUCUCUCUCUUUCUCUCUAGGAGGCCAUUGAGCUGUCCUCUCUGAAGCCCCAGCUAGAGGAGUUGGGGGUCCCUCUCUUAGCCGUGGUCAAAGAGAACAUUGGCCAAGAGCUGGAUGCCUUCAAGACAUUUUUUACUGGGGAAGUCUAUGUAGACCAGAAGGUCAGUGAAUAACUAAUUAAUUUACAAUGCUAACAGCAGUUAGCAUUGACAUGAGAAGAUAAAGUACACAGUUCCUUGUAAAAUAUAUGUUUCCAGCGUUUGUUCAGUCACACUGCACACCUUUGUGCAAUAUAUGAUAUAACAUCUAUUUCCGACAUCUUUUCAAAUAUACAUCCAACUGUAGACGUCAACAAAGUACAGUAUCCUGCUAACGUCACUGUAUCCCUCCAUCUAAUAACCAAACCUGUUUUUCUCAGAGAGCAUUAUACGGUCCUGUGGAGCGUUGGAUGUUCCUGUCUGCGUUGCUGCGUAUCGGGGUGUGGAGGAGCCUGUGGAGGGCCUAUAGGAAGGGCUGCACAGGAAAUAUAAUCAAAGGAGAAGGUCUUGUACUGGGGGGAGUGUUCGUCAUUGGGCCCAAAGAUCAGGUAGGGCUAUACCGCUUGAACUGGGCACUCUAUCCAUGCUAUAACGGACAAAAGUGGAGAUAUACAGUAGUUAGAACUAAUUAGCAAUAGCAAGAAUGGAUCUGCAAGUAAAAUCAAAUCAAAUCAAAAUUAUUUGUCACUUACACGUGUUUAGCAGAUGUUAUAGCGGGUGUAUCGAAAUGCUUGUGCUUCUAGCUCCGACAGUGCAGUAAUAUCUAACAAUUUCACAACAUAUGCCCAAUACACACAAAACUGGUAAGGAAUGGGAUUUAAGAAAAUAUACAUAUAUGGACAAGCAAUGACAGAGCGGCAUAAUAUAAUAUGCCAUUUAGCAGACGCUUUUAUCCAAAGCAACUUACAGUCUUGCGUGCAUACAUUUUUUUGUGUAUGGGUGGUCUUGGGGAUCGAACCCACUACCUUGGCGUUACAAGCGUUGUGCUCUACCAGCUGAGCUACAGAGGACCACGGCAUGGAAUAAGAUACAGUAGAAUAUUAUAGAAUAGAAUGCAGUAUAUACAUAUGAGAUGAGUAGUGCAAGAUAUGUAAACAUUAUUAAAGUGACUAGUGUUCCAUUUCUUAAAGUGGCCAGUGAUUUCAAUAGGCAGCAGCAGCCUCUAAUGUGCUAGUGAUGGCUAUUUAACAGUCUGAUGGCCUUGAGAUAGAAGCUGUUUUUCAUUCUCUCGGUCCCAGCUUUGAUGCACCUGUACUGACCUCGCCUUCUGGAUGAUAGCGGGAUGAACAGGCAGUGGUUCGGGUGGUUGAUGUCCUUGAUGAUCUUUUUGGCCUUCCUGUGACAUCGGGUGUUGUAUAUUUCUUGGAGGGCGGGUAGUUUGCCCUCUGUAAUGCGUUCGGCAGACCGCACCACCCUCUGGAGAGCCCAGUGGUUGUGGGCGGUGAAGUUGCCGUACCAGGCAGUGAUACAGCCCAACAGGAUGCUCUCAAUUGUGCAUCUGUAAAAGUUUGUGAGGGUUUUAGGUGCUAAGCCGAAUUUCUUCAGCCUCCUGAGGUUGAAGAGGCUCUGUUGCGCCUUCUUCACCACACUGUCUGCGUGGGUGGACCAUUUCAGUUUGUCGGUGAUGUGUACGCCAAGGAACUUGAAACUUUCCACCUUCUCCACUGCGGUCCCGUCGAUGUGGAUAGGGGGGUGCACCCUCUGCUGUUUCCUGAAGUCCACGAUCAUCUCCUUCAUUUUGUUGAUGUUGAGUGAGAGGUUAUUUUCCUGGCACCACACUCCCAGAGCCCUCACCUCCUCCCUGUAAGCGGUCUCGUCAUUGUUGGUAAUCAAGCCUACUACUGUUGUGUCGUCUGCAAACUUGAUGAUUGAGUUGGAGGCGUGCUUGGCCACGCAUUCAUGGGUGAACAGGGAGUACAGGAGAGGGCUGAGCAUGCACCCUUGUGGGGCCCCAGUGUUGAGGAUCAGCAAAGUGGAGAUGUUGUUUCCUACCUUCACCACCUGGGGGCGGCCCGUCAGGAAGUCCAGGACCCAGUUGCACAGGGCGGGGUUCAGACCCAGGGCCUCGAGCUUAAUGAUGAGCUUGGAGGGUACUAUGGUGUUGAAUAUUGAGCUAUAGUCAAUGAACAGCAUUCUUACAUAGGUAUUCCUCAUGUCCAGAUGGGACAGGGCAGUGUGCAGUGUGAUGGCGAUUGCAUCGUCUGUGGAUCUAUUUGGGCGGUAAUCAAAUUGAAGUGGGUCUAGGGUGACAGGUAAGGUAGAGGUGAUAUGAUCCUUGAUGAGUCUCUCAAAGCACUUCAUGAUGACAGAGGUGAGUGCUACAGGGCGAUAGUCAUUUAGUUCAGUUACCUUUGCUUUCUUGGGUACAGGAACAAUGGUGGCUAUCUUGAAGCAUGUGGGAACAGCAGACUGGGAAAGGGAGAGAUUGAAUAUGUCCAUAAACACACCAGCCAGCUGGUCUGCGCAUGCUCUGAGGACGCGGCUAGGGAUGCCGUCUGGGCCGGCAGCCUUGCGGGGGUUAACAUGCUUAAAUGUCUUAAUCACGUCGGCCAUGGAGAAGGAGAGGCCACAGUCCUUGGUAGUGGGCCUCGUCAGUGGUACUGUGUUAUUCUCAAAGCGGGCGAAGAAGGUGUUUAGCUUGUCUGGAAGAGAGACUUUGGUGUCGGCGACAUGGUUGGUUUUCUUUUUGUAGUCCGUGAUUGUCUGUAGACCCUGCCACAUACGUCUCGUGUCUGAGCCGUUGAAUUGCGACUCAACUUAGCUCACAUACAUCAGUAUAGAGACUAUUUGAUAUGCAUUGGAUGUUAGAUGGUACGGUACUACAAUUCUUUGCAGCAAGUCCGUAUAGUGACAACUGCUUGAGAUGUGAGCAUAUACAUGUAACUGCCAAAAUAAAUGAAACACCAACAUAAAGUGUCUUAAUAGGGCGUUGGGCCACCAUGAGCCGCCAGAACAUCUUCAAUGCGCCUUGGCAUAGAUUCUACAAAUGGUCUGGAGCUCUAUUGGAGGGAUGCGACACCAUUCUUCAGACAAUAAAUUCCAUAAUUUGGUGUUUUGUUGAUGGUGGUGUAAAACUCUGUCUCAGGCGCCGCUCCAGAAACUCCCACAAGUGUUCAAUUGGGUUGAGAUCUGGUGACUGAGACACACACACACUUUAAACCCCCUAUGCUCCUUUGAGACCCCUCUUUAAAAGUCACUGAGAUUCUUCUUCUAGCCAUUGUAUACAAAAAUAAUGGGCAACAGGGCAUUUUUACACAUGACCCUAAGCAUGAUGGGAUGAUAAUUGUUUAUUUAACUCAGUGCUAAUUGUUUAUUUAACUCAGCACCUGCUUUCAAUACACUUUGUAUCCCUCAUUUACUUGUGUUUCCUUUAUUUUGACACUUACCUGUAACUCAAAUUAGGAUUCAGGUCCAGUGCAAGUAUGUAUCGGUGGAUGUGCUUUUAUUCUGCUAUCAUUUACACAUGGUGUACUUUUCAUAACAUAUUAAUGCUUAUACAAUGAGCACUUGCUGUACUUCCACAGAGACCAGUUUUGAGACCCAUGUCUGUUUUCCUUCUCUUCCCCAUGCAGGGUAUUCUGCUUGAGCACCGUGAGAAGGAGUUUGGGGAUAAAGUCAACCUGCUGGCUGUACUCAGAUCAGCCAGGAAAAUUCAAGACGGCUUGGCUACAGCCAAAUAGUUUACACAAACAGCUUAAAGUCCCCAUGCAGUCUUUUUAAUUGUAUUUUUAAAUCAUCACUGUAUGUAUAAAAAAAUCACUGUGUGUGUGUUUAUUUCAUGAAAAUAACUUUAGUAUCAUUUAUUGCCCUGAGCCUCCUUUUGCCAUUGAAAUGUAAAUAUAUUUACAUACACAGCACUGAUUUGCCGGAUAGAAUCGUCUGGACCAUAGAGCCUACCCCACUUACCCCUUCAAACUAGGAGGAUACAUAUGCAAAUAAAAGAUGACUGGUCAUUGGUCAGAAUAAUCAGAUCUGAUUGUGAAUUCAUGAUCAGGCAUUCUUUUCAAACAGCUCUUACACAAACAGGGCAUUAUCAUUAUUUUCACAAUUUCAGUGUUAUUUCGACCUCAUAGUGUGGAAAUAUCAUUUUAAAAAACAGGAAAAUCUAAUUGUUUUGGUCUAAAAGCACAUGCAUUCAUUGUUCUUUAGCCAUUUAACACAGUAGUUUUGGUUCUUUUAUGCAGGAAUGA